AUCAAAAAAAUCUGUUCUUGCGAAAAUUGUACACAGAGGUCGUCACAGGUAUUAUUGUUCAUUUAUUUCUGUUCCAGUGUAGAACUGGCUGAAAUGGAGAGAGAGCAAUCAGUCGGGAGCUUCUGGAGAAAGACAGCAUGCUAAAAACAAUGCAGGAGGAAAAGGAAGAGAUGGCUAAAAAGUUAAGAGAGCUUGAGGAGAAUAGAGAGAGAAUGGAAGAGAUCAGAAAGGCAGAGCAGAGAAAUAAUUUGUGAUGUUUCAAUAAUUUGAAAUGCAGAGAGCUCUCGCAGAUUUUAAGCAGGAACAGAUGGAGAGAGAUCGAGAUAUUCAGAUGCUCUUGGAGGAUUUGAUCAGGAUGCUAAAAAAUCUGAAAGAAACUCAGGCUCAAAUAAAUAAAGAGAAAGACACAAAAGCGAGAGAUAGAACAAACAACAAGAAUAAGGUAGUUAUUCUGAAGUCAGGGGAUGUGGAAACCAUGUUUUUUGUAAGCAGAGAGCAGCAGGACAGAGAGGAGGCCGAGCUGGGGGACGAGAGGAUACAAGAGCUUGAGAAGGAAAACCAGAGACAGAAGGAGCUCAGAAAGGUGGAGUUGAAUAAUCUGCAAGAAAACAUGCAGAGAGAAUUUAGGAAUUUAGGAUUAAAGAAAGACCUGGAGGAGAGAGAAAUGGUUCACCUGGUACAAACAGAGGAAUUACUGACAAAGAUAAAGAAUCUGGAGCAAAACCAGUCUCAGAUAGAAGAAGGUCUGUCUGAUGCUAUGAUGGACUCAGAAAAGCAGACUGGAGAGAUGGAGGAGAAAGACAACACGAAGGCAGAAGAGGAUGAGGAGCAACUCAUCCUGAAGGUGCGAGAGCUGGAGGAGAGGAACACUGCACAUCUGCAACACAUCUGUGAGCUCCAGGAUAACAUCACACUCUUUGUGGAACGAGAAAUGAUAGCUGACUCGAUGAUACAGGUCUUAGAGAAAGACAAAGAGGACCAACUGAAAGAGAGAGAGAUCUGGAUGAAGCAGAGGAUGUUAUGGGAGGAGGCAUCAGACAAAGGGGAGGAUGAGAAAAAGCACUUUAAGGAAGAGAGAUGGAAGAAUGAGAGAGAUUUGGAAGGAAAACAAAGAGCACUGGGAGCAAAUGAAGAGGAACUGGCAGAAAGAGAAAAAGGACUGGGAGGAAGUUCGAGCCUCCUGGAUUGAAGAGAGACAGAAGUUUCUGACAGAGAGAACUGCAAUGAGAAGCAUGUACAUUCCCGUGUGGUUUUAGAUUAAGAAGGUUUAUUGUAGGUUUUUUCCUUGUUUAUAAAGCUUCGAUAAAUUUUUCAACUUCACUUGUGCCGUGUUUUUUUUUUCCCUCAAGUAAAAUAGAUAAGAGCUUGAGACAGUGUAAUAACAAUUAUGAAAUUUACACAGAUAUUUUUUAUUCUGAAGGGGAAAAAAAUCCUCCAAUAUGUUCAGUCUGAAUUUGAAUGUACAAUAAAAUUCUUUCUUUCUUUCUUUCUUUCUUUCUUUCUUUCUUUCUUUCUUUCUUUCUUUCUUUCUUUCUUUCUUUCUUUCUUUCUUUCUUUC